AUGCCUCUCCCGCGUCUCAAGACCAUCAAGAAUACCAGCCAGUUCGUGCUGCGGUACUUUCCCCGAUGCAUCAUGACCCCUAUCGCCGCCAGAUAUGUUGCCAUCGACACGCAUCCUUUGCGCCCCAAGAUCCUGCACAUGUACGCCAACCGUGACCCGAACACGCUCUGGUGGAGAGUCUCGGUCAACCAUCUCCCGCUCAAGAGGGUCGUCCGAUUGUGGUGCGCGCGAAGGGCGCGUAAGGCCUUCCGGCAGGCGCUGGAGGAACGGGGGUUCGACCACGAGGGUCGCCCUAUCAAAAAGGAAGGGUCAUCGUCUCCGACGGUCGGGCUGAAAGGCACGGUGGAAAUCAUAGUGAAUCAACGAUCGAUCAAGGAGGGGCUUCCUGCGGUCCAGGAGGAGAUGGCGUCGCUGGUCGACAGCCUGGUGCAGGUUGCUCAGGGUCAGGACUCCCAGAACAAGGCUCCUACUCCUAAAAAGGCUCCUGAAAAGCAGAAAUCCAAGCCAAAACGUGGGCCUGGCCAGGAAAAGUCGAAAUCUUCAUCACAUUGA